GAGUCGCUGCCUGCCAUUUCUUCUUCGGGCCAGCGGCGUGCACGGACGUCUUUCUCUGCAUCGAGUCCGAGUCGAGUCGGCUCAAGCCCAAUCGAUCGGGCGCUCUUCCCCGCACUUGCGCUGCGCCCAAUCUCUCCCACCUCCCUCCCUUUGCUUCCCCACCACUUCGCCUCUCUCGCACAAUGUCAAGCUUCCGUACUACAGGCCGCAAAAUUGUAGCCAUCGGCCGCAACUAUGCCGAACAUGCCAAAGAGCUCAACAAUGCUGUCCCCACGGAGCCCUUCUUCUUCCUCAAGCCCACGAGCAGCUAUGUGGACAACGGCGGCGUCAUCGAGAUCCCCAAGGGUGUAGUGGCCCACUUUGAGGUCGAGCUGGGCGCGGUCAUCGGGCGAAGGGCAAAGGAUGUGCGCAGGGAGGAGGCGAUGAAGUACGUGGCUGGGUAUGCGCUGGGCGUUGAUAUGACGGCGAGGAAUGUGCAGGACAAGGUGAAGAAGGCCGGCCUCCCCUGGUCCACAGCGAAAGGCUUCGACAGCUUCACCCCCAUCUCGUCGUUCAUCCCGGCCUCUUCCAUUCCGGAUCCCUCCAACGUCAACCUUUGGCUCAAGACCAAUGGUAACACCAGGCAAAACGGUAAUACAAAGGAUAUGAUCUUCGGCAUCCCUCAGCUCAUCGAGCACGUGAGCAGCAUCAUGACGCUCGAAGAGGGGGAUCUACUCUUGACCGGCACGCCGAGUGGGGUCGGGCAGACACAGGAUGGGGACGUGAUGGAGGCCGGAUUGCAACUGCCGGGUGAAAGCAGGAUAUUAGCUGAGUUGAAGAUGAAGGUCAAGGAGAGGCAGGGGGGCUACGUCUUCAAGCUUUGAGAGCGGAUCAGAUGUGGGAGAGCUCUCGAUGCGACGCCGAGGCUGGUGCUGCAAUGCCUUCUGUGCGGUGUAGUGAUGGUGAUGUGUCGUCGCGGGAAAGUCUAAAUGUACAAUCAUUGAGAGCGCAAGCGCAGAAGACGCGCAUGCGUUGCGUACGGUAGCGUACU